AAAGAAAAGGGACAUAGUGAAAAAGUUGUGUCUCCGCGGGAGCACGUGGAUACGAAUGACAAAGGAAACGUUGUCGUCCGCUGUAGUGUCUCGAAUUACUAAGAAUACGAAAAAUAAUCGUAGAUUGGGAUCUCACGAAGAUCGGCCAACAGGACAUGGGAAUUUUUGAUUGUAUGCGUGAAAAUCGUCACGUUACAGGUCAUAGGAAUGAGGGAACGGGUUUUGACGUGGAACUCGUGGUGGUGGUUAAUCGUUGUUCUCGCAGCAGUGCACGUUGUGGAUACGCAGGAUCAUCGUCAUCAGCUCUCGUCGACGGACUCUGGGAAAUCGUCGAGUAUAGAAUGUGCCACGGGUUGCGAAUGCGUGGACAUUGGAGAGGAUUUGGUCUGCAAGGAUCGAAGUUUCUUCGGGCUUGGCUUACCGAGACAGGUUACAAACGUCGCGUUAAGAAACGUCGGAGCUGCUACUAUACCCGUUGCAGCCCUCAAAGAUUCCAUUCAUCUAAAGAGUCUUGCCUGGACUUUGAGCGGAAUACAGCGAGUCGAGUCGGAUGUAUUUCGCGCGACGACGUUGCUCGAGUAUCUAAACUUAGGUGACAAUAGGCUGGCGGAAUUGCCGUCGGACGUCUUCCAUCCGUUACAUAAACUGCAGUACCUGAAUCUAACCGGGAAUCGUUUGAGCGUACUCCCACGAGUACUGUUCCAAGGUUUGGAUCGUCUUGAACAGAUCGGUUUGUCGCGAAAUCGUCUGUCGGUACUUCCCUACCAAGCGUUCGCCUCGUCGAAAGCACUGGUCCGGUUGGACCUGUCCCAUAAUUUGUUGGUGUCUCUGCCGGAUCACAGCUUCAGGCCCAACAGGCGCCUUCGAGAACUCGGAUUGUCUGGCAACAGGCUGACCAAACUUCCAUCUCGGUUGUUUUCCGGGCUGAGUCAAUUAAAAAGCUUGGAGCUGGCCAACAACGAGAUCGACACGAUACCGCGCGGUCUUUUCGCCGAUCUUUCGUCCCUGCAAAACCUCGAUAUCUCCGGGAACCCUAUUACCCACUUGUCUAGCACGACGUUUCAAAGCCUAUCGAAUUUACGAUGGCUCAACUUGAGGUUUCUACCGAUUACGGUGCUUCCACAGGACGUCUGGCACCCGGUCAGGAAGCUACGAGUCCUGAUGUUGUCCGGGACGAGGCUGGAGAUUCUCCGCAACGAAGAUCUCAAGGGAUUAGAGAAUCUGGAAACUCUGGAAAUAAACCAAAGCCCUCUGCGAGAGAUUUCUCGGCGCACCUUCGAUCGCACACCGGCCCUUCGUAAGAUCGAUUUACACGAUAGCAAUCUGACCUUUCUCCCGGCAAACGUUGCACAGCUGUCGUCUCUGAACGAGUUGCAACUGCAGGGGAAUCCAUGGGCCUGCGACUGUCGUAUGUUUUGGUUCGUAAAGUGGGCCGAAAGCAAGGCACAUCUACGAACCGCGUUCCAAAGUGGCUUCAGAUGCGGCGAUGAGAUCGACGGGGCAGCCGAUAUCCUUCAAACUCUUCGUUACUUGAACUGCACCCCGCCGUUCUUGGCAUACGCCACGCCCGCUCAGCAAUAUCUCUUGUUGAACUCUGUGCUUCUCGAGUGCGAGUUCAACGGCAAUCCCACCCCAUCGUUAACAUGGGUCACGCCGACUCUUCAGGUAUUGCACUGGAAUCCCGAUCCAGCUUUUCCCGACGCUUUUGUCGAACAUCCUCCCGUACACGGAUGGGAACAAACUGCACCGAUCGUUGACGAUGCCCGAAUACGAAUCCUCGAUAACGGAUCUUUGUACAUCACGACGUUGCUCAGGCAGGAUGUCGGUCGAUACAAGUGUUUCGCGGUUAACCCGAUUUCCAAUGCCACUACCUAUAUUAGUUUGCAGAUGAAUCCAAUAACCUUACACAGAAUCCAAAUCAUCAGCAUCUUGGUAGGCGCCGCGAGUGCUACGGCCUUUCUUCUCUUAACCCUACUCUUGCAACUGCUACGUUAUCUCUUGGUCAAGUGCGGCUGUCUGAAGUGGUGUUCGUGUUGUAGACACGUCGGUUCUACGCCUCGUGCCAAACAAAUUUACCAAAUGCUGGAUAGCAUCGAGCAAUACAAGAGUCAGCAACUGGAAAAGUUACGUGAAAAUUACACCCAACAAGUGCACAGGAUAAAAGAGAAUUGCGCUCAACAAGUGGAAUGGAUUCGUGACAAUUACGAAGGUCAAAUGAGGCACAUAAGGGACAUCAGAGACUAUGGAACGAGCCAUCUCACGGCACUCAGAGAUCAGUAUUACGAUCAGGUGAAGAAAGCACGGGAUUACUCGACCGGCCAGUUGAAUUGGGUACGAGAAAAUUAUGUCUUCCAGCGUAACAAAAUAAGAAAAUUCAGCACCCAUCAGGUAUUGCGGCUGCGCGAAAGCUACAAAUACCAGCAGCAGACGUUGAACAAAGUCCUGGAGAAUUUACCUAGCUUCUACUUUGACAAUUGCCGAAGCGGUUCUUGCGGGAAAAGCGACUCGAUGGUGUUUCAUCCGAAAGACGAUGGUUCCGUUCGCGUGGACAUGUACUUCAAAGCGAAAAUCAACGACCUGGCGAACGGUGUAAGCUUCGAAGAUCUGAAUAGCGAGUACUAUACGCCAACGGAACUAUCAUCGACUAGUCCACACGGCGCUAUGAAUAUGUUGGAUGGAAUUCAUAUAAAUUACAUCGAAGACAGUAGUCCACCGCCACGAUUUGAUCUACUCUCCAAUGGAGGAAUCAUCCCUCAUCCGAUCGUGUUGCACAGUAUCGAGGAAGAUGGCAGUUCGUCGUCGGUGUACAAAGACGCGGAUCAUGAAAAGCCGGUUUUCAAAGGCUUCAGUACCGAAACUUUAUCCAAAGAGCCUAAAGAUUCAACGGAGGUUCUCGGUCUGUUUAUACCUAGCACCAGUUUACCCGACCUACCGCACGAAACAAAACUCUAAACAACUCGGAACAAGUGAUUAAGGGUACUAACCUCUCUUUAUAGGAGCAGAAUUAUAAUUAAGACGAGAAUGUACUGCCACUGGAUAAUUACGUGAGAAAAAUAUUACAUAGAAGUGCCUCUACAUCGGUAAGUGAGGAUGUAUUCGCGUGGAUAAACGGUGGUAACUUUUUCUUGUGGGACUAUUCCAAACGACAUUAUUA